AUGCGCCGUGUGAUUUUUCCGCUCAUUACUGUCGAUGAUCAUAAGGGAGUGCGAUGCAGGCAGACGUACACAAGGGAAAGUAAAGAGCGAUCUGAUAUCAUACGCAUUGGUAAUCUGUUAGCUGUAUUUUUGUUCCCCACUCUAAUUUAUUAUUUUCGAUUGGGUGCAACUGGAGCUGCCAUAUCCACUGUUGUGUCUCAAUACGUUGUUACCUUCUUACUGAUCUGGCAAUUAAACAAGAGAGCUGUAUUAUUGCCUCCAAAGAUGGGAUCACUUCAAUUUGGCGGAUAUAUAAAAUCUGGUAGCUUUCUUCUUGGAAGAACUUUUCCUGUUCUUACAACCAUGACAUUGGGGACAUUAAUGGCUGCUCGUCAAGGUCCGGUAGCUAUGGCUGCACAUCAGAUAUGUAUUCAAGUAUGGCUAGCUGUAUCCCUCCUUACAGAUGCACUGGCUGCAUCUGGUCAGGCCCUGAUUGCGAGUUCUUUAUCUAAAGGUGACUUCCAGACUGUAAAGGACAUUACACACUUUGUGUUGAAGGUAAGCAUAUCUUUUUUGACUGGAAUUUGCUUGUCUGCAAUUCUGGGUCUUCCUUCUGGUUCUUUGGCCACCGUGUUCACCAAGGAUGCUGAAGUUUUAGGAAUUGUUAAAACGGGGGUAUUGUUUGUCAGUGCUAGUCAACCUUUGAAUGCACUGGCUUAUAUUUUUGAUGGUCUCCAUUUUGGUAUUUCAGACUUCCCAUAUGCAGCUUGCUCGAUGAUGAUAGUAGGGGCAAUAUGUUCAGUAUUUUUGCUCUAUGCUCCUUCAAUUAUUGGUCUUCCUGGGGUUUGGUUGGGAUUGACACUCUUUAUGGGCCUACGAACGGUGGCAGGAUUUAUGAGAUUACUAUCAAAAAGGGGUCCAUGGUGGUUCCUGCACAGGGACUUCCAGAGACUUGAGCUGGCCACUUGAGGUGGGAACAAUCUGGAAUGAUUGCAGGACUACUGCUAUUCUCAAGUAUGACAUAGAUUCCUU